GCCGUUGCCGCCUCUAUUGUUGUUGUCAUCUCAGUGGAAACCAGCAACCAGCAUCCAGCCAUCCCCCUCAGCUGCUUCAUCUUCUUGUAGUUGUCGUCAGCCUUCCCAUGUAGUACUACUGAUAAACGAAAAUAUAGAAAAAAUUAGCGGAUGUGACACCUUCAUGGACUGCUGGUAUGGACGACAGCAUGUAUCUGUUUGCUUGUGGAUGCUGCUACCGCCGGUGGAGGUAGUGGUGGUGGUGGCAUUGGUGGUUGUAGUGAUGGACAGUGGCAGUGGUAGUGGACAGCGGUGGUGGACGUGGUCAUCCUUCCACUGUCUCACUUCAAAGCAUCACAACAUGCUUCUCUGAUAUCAUUACUCUUUGAUAUGGAAUAAAACUUUCUCUACCUAUUUGCUGACACUGGAAAGCAGGGAAUAUUAUCUGAACCUCGCCUACCGAUCGAUUUGUCUGUCUAUCGCUCUGUCUAUCAUCACUAAACUAUGUUUCUCUAUCUGUCUGCCUUCUGUUCUAUUACUCUCUUUCUAUCACUACACACAUCUCUCUCUUUAUCUGUCCCUCUCUCCUAAACUUCUUUUCUCUCUCUCUCUCUCCGCCCUUCCCCCCUCCCUCCCUCCUCUCGUUCCUCUCUUUCUGUCCAUCCUUCUUGACAGACAGACAGACAUGUAGAUGGAAGAGAGGAGGAAGCUCCGUAAGAAAUAUCCCUUGUUAUGUUGUUGAAAUUGUUGUGGAAGCAGCACGGAGUUGAAGAUAUUCGCCAAACUUCUACCAACCUCAUGAGUAGGAUAAUACAGGCCACAGAUGGACUCUAUCUUUUUACACUACUUGAUGAAAGAUAACACUCAAAAGUUCUAUUAACAAUAUAUAACAGAAACAUACUAAGAGGAGACAAGUGAAUCCACAUGAAUGAAUUUAACGAAGACAGCCAAGGCAGAAAAUUUAAUCCUAUUUCCCGACUCCGUAAAAUAUGAAGCCAUCAUACCGUUUGUGAUUGCUGAACGUGGCACCAAAUUUGAUUCUGCAGCAUGAGAUAUCUUUUUAAUAUGGUUUCUUCACUUUUGAAUUUUUACCCAAUAAGGAAACCAAAAACUAGGAUCCAAAAUUCCCCAGUUAUUUGAAUGGUCCACAUUAGAUCUCAGCCAAAUGAUGCUGUUUAACUCGACUGACAGUGGCAGCAGCAGCAGCACUACAGCUGAAGGAUUACUGAACAGUUCUCCGCUAUUGCAAACACUGCAGCCAUUUGUGGUCAAUACAACUUUGAAUUCAACAUCAUAUAAUGGAACUGAAUCUUGCGAUGUUUGGCAAGAUGUCCAGCAUAUCCUCUUUCAGUUGGGCAGCCUGUGCAUGGCUUUUUCUUUCCUUACCCCAAUUAGCUUCCAGUACCAUAUAUUAUUCCUCAGAUGUCUUCUCCUUUUCACAUUUCUUUUCUACAUUCUCUGGGCUGGUGUCUUCAUAUGUGUACCAGACAUACUUGCAUGGAACUGUGCCUUCUUUUCUAUCAAUAUCGGGCACAUUUUCUACUUGGCCUACAGCAUGUAUCCCGUCCAUAUACAUAAAGAUUUUGAAGAUGUUUAUGCCAAAUUGUUUAAACCACUUGGUGUGUCCCGUAUUGAAUUCAAAUCAUUAACACGGAUUGGCAGACUCGUUUAUCUGCGCCAAGGAAGUGUUUAUGCGACAGAAGGAAUUACUCCAUGUGGUGAGAAGCUUUCUCUUUUGUUACGAGGAAGAUUAAAAGUCACAUACGACAGUCUGUUCUUACAUUAUAUCAGUUCUAACCAAAUUCUUGACUCGGCAGAAUAUGAAUACUGCCAUCCUCACUGGCAAAACUGUGAGAAAUUCCAGGUAACAUUAGUAGCAACAGAAGACUGUAGUUUACUUUCCUGGAAUUGUUCAGCUAUUCAACGUUUUCUUCAUGACCAUCCAUUCCUUGGCACUGUCUUACAUAACUUACUGGGCAAAGACAUCACCCACAAACUGUAUCAGAUUCAAGAGUUACUCCAGAACAACCCUGAUUACAUGCACUGCCCUCCCUCUAGCCGUCAUUCUUCCAUGGUGGACAUCCGAAGCAGCCUUGCCACUAAAACGUCUUGCAACAGCCUCACCAAAAUCACAAUCAAUAAUUCGUUGGAGUUGAAAGGCAUCCCAUCACUGUGUCCGGACACAAGUUAUAGCAGCAUCAGUUCAGACUCCACAGGGCUCCUCAAUUACGAAACAAGUGUCUAAAAACUUUAUAGCUAUGUGUGUAUGUGCACACACACACACACAUGCACAAUUAUAUAUAUAUAUAUUUCCAGAUAUUUUAAGCUAGAACUGUUAUGUAAACAAUCAAGAUUGCCUGGAAAAUCUUUUAGAAAAAUUGC